CGACGGACCGCAUUUGAAGACGGACUGCAGGGGGAAACAUUUACCCGACAUGACAUCUCAGACUUCUGCAAUGUUUAUUUCUGCAUUGUUGUUAACAGCCCACCAUUGACCGAGCGGGCUUGCAUUUUGUGAAAUGAGCAUAGCUAGUAAGGUAACCAACUAAACAUGAAACAACUUUGGAAUUUAACUCAACUGUUCUCUCCCAAAUGUCGGAUACCUGUCAGGUGUUUGCAAGUCAGAUUGUGCUGUAAAUCAAACAGCAGUGUAAUUAGUGUACGUGAAAAGCAAAGAAGAUCGGAUCAUUUUAAGACUGAAAUGUCCUCAGGUCCAAAUUUUCACGAUUUCAUCCGAGGAGUUACUGGUAAUAAAAAAACGACUUUAGACAACGAUGUGGAAUACAAACACAAUUAUCUUUCUGCUGACUUGGAGCUGGGGAAUUCACGAAAGGUCUAUUUUGAAACCUACGGAUGUCAAAUGAAUGUAAAUGACACAGAUAUUGCUUGGUCCAUACUACAGAGGAGUGGAUAUCAACGCACGGCACAAUUACGCGAGGCAGAUGUGGUGCUUCUUGUAACUUGCUCUAUCAGAGAAAAAGCCGAACAAACAAUCUGGAACAGAUUACAAGAAUUGACCGCCAUGAAGAAUAGGCGCCAAAAGAGUCGAACACCAAUGAAAAUCGGCAUCUUAGGUUGCAUGGCAGAGAGACUGAAGACGAAGCUUUUGGAACGAGAGAAGCUUGUUGAUGUCCUUGCUGGGCCUGACGCCUACCGGGAUCUUCCCCGCCUGUUGGCGGUGACCGAGGGAGGUCAACAGGCGAGCAAUGUGCUGCUUUCAUUAGAGGAGACCUAUGCUGACAUUAUGCCUGUCCACCACACUCCUCAGGGACACAGUGCCUUUGUGUCCAUCAUGCGGGGUUGUGACAACAUGUGCAGCUAUUGCAUCGUUCCCUUCACCCGGGGCCGCGAAAGGAGUCGACCUGCCAGCUCCAUUCUUGAGGAAGUCCGCAUCCUCUCCGACCAGGGCGUGAAGGAAGUGACAUUGCUCGGUCAGAAUGUGAACAGCUACAGAGACGCUUCUGAAGAACAGUUCUGCGGUGCGAUUCCGACCAAGCUGAGCCGCGGCUUUAAGACUGUGUACCGCCCAAAACUGGGAGGUAUGCGUUUCUCCGACUUGCUGGACAGAGUGUCACAGGUGGAUCCCAACAUGAGGAUCAGAUUCACAUCACCCCAUCCGAAAGACUUUCCUGAUGAGGUCCUGCAUCUGAUCGCGGAGAGAGAAAACAUUUGCAAACAGAUCCAUCUUCCGGCUCAAAGCGGAAGCGGUCAAGUCUUGAAAGCCAUGCGCCGUGGGUACACAAGAGAGUCAUACCUUGAAUUGGUACAAAACAUCAGGACUAUCAUUCAAGACGUAAGUCUCAGCAGUGACUUCAUCUCGGGCUUUUGUGGCGAGACAGAAGAGGAUCACCAGCAGACCUUGUCCCUCAUCAGAGAAGUAGGCUACAACAUUGGGUUCCUUUUUGCCUAUAGUAUGAGAAAAAAAACACAUGCAUUCCACAACCUUGAAGAUGACGUGCCAGCGGACGUGAAGCAACGCAGACUGCAGGAGUGCAUCAGCGUGUUUAGACGGGAAGCUGCCAGGCUCAACGCCACUCUUAUUGGCAGCACACAACUAGUCCUGGUGGAGGGGGAGAGUAAGAGAUCUGCCAAGGAGCUAUGUGGGCGAACGGAUGGCAAUAUGAGAGUGAACUUCCCCCGAGAGGAUGUUGCUGUUGGUCCUGCAGAGUCCAACACGGCUGCAGUCAACGCUGGAGACUACGUGCUAGUGGAGAUCACCUCAGCCAGCUCGCAGAGUUUGCGAGGUCAGGCCUUGUGUCACAGACGUCCCUCGACCCAGUCAGCACUUCAGUGCAGCAAUUAAUUCGAUGAACAUUUGCCUCAGGAAGCAAACGACAGUAUGUGAAAGUAUCGUCUUUUUGCAAAGGUAUUUCAACCAUCUUUAUCACUUUGGAUCACUGUGUCAAUGUUGAGCCUGCAACGUUACUAAAAUGAACAAAUUCACCAAACUAUGGUAAAUGUGUUCAAGUGUCUAGAUUUGAGUAUAAAUCUAUUUGGUUUGUGUUAAUUAAGUUUCUAGUUGUGCAGAUGGCGAGUGAAUGGCUCUGAGCUUCUUGUCCCAUUUUAUUUGUGAUUUAUUUAGCAUGUUAUUAAAAUACAACAAAGACGA